CCUGCACGGCCAUCCGCGAGGUGUCCCUACUGAGGGAUCUCAAGCACGCCAACGUGGUGACGCUGCACGACAUCGUGCACACGCCGCAGUGCCUGACGCUGGUCUUCGAGUACCUGGACCGGGACCUGAAGCAGUACCUGGACGAUUGUGGGAAUGUCAUCAGCAUGCACAACGUCAGGCUGUUCCUGUUCCAGCUCCUGCGGGGUCUCGCCUUCUGCCACCGUCACAAGGUUCUGCACCGCGACCUCAAACCCCAGAACCUCCUGCUCAGCCGCCGCGGGGACCUCAAACUGGCAGAUUUCGGCCUGGCCCGUGCCAAGUCCAUCCCCACCAAGACGUUCUCGAGCGAGGUGGUGACGCUGUGGUACCGCCCGCCCGACAUCCUGCUGGGCUCCACCGAGUACAGCACCCAGAUCGACAUGUGGGGGGUCGGCUGCAUCUUCUCGGAGAUGGUGACGGGGCGGCCGCUGUUCCCCGGGGCCACCGUGGAGGAGCAGCUGCACUUCAUCUUCCGCCUGCUCGGGACCCCGACGGAGGAGACGUGGCCGGGCAUCGGUGCCAACGCCGAGUUCCGGGCACACAAAUACCCCCUGUACCCCCCGGAGGGGCUGCGGCAGCACGCGCCACGGUUGGACCAGGACGGUGCCGACCUCCUGGGGCAGCUGCUGCAGUUUGAGGGGCGGCGGCGGCUGCCGGCGGCGGAGGCCAUGGGACACGCCUUCUUCAGCUGCCUGGGGCCGCGCGUCAGCGCCCUGCCCGACACCACGUCCAUCUUCGCACUGAAGGAGAUUCAGCUGCAGAAGGAGCCGGGGCUGCGAACGGGGUCCCUGCCCCCCACAGGUUCUUCCGCCUUCCGGGUGCUCGACACCGAGUUCUGAUGUUGAGCAGCCCCCGGACUGCUGCUGCGCCCCCCAGAUUCGGGGCUGGGGUCCCCCCAAAAAUCCUCCACGACUCUGGGGACACCCCAAAACUCUUCGUGGGGGGGGGUCCUUGGACUGCUGACCCCCCCCAAAAAAUCCCCCCAACCCCCCCAAGGAACUGCUGCUGGAUUUUGGGGGGGGGUUUCAUGUGGGACCCGCAUUGGGGGGGAGCUGGGGGGGAAUUUGGGGGGUCCCCCCCAUUUUUUGGGGUCCCCCCCCACUUUUUGGGGUCCCCCCCUAUUUUUUUGGGGGGUUCUUCCCCCCCUCCCCCCAAUUUACGUCGAGUUUUAUUUUUUCAAGGCAAUAUUAUAAAUCAGAGUCUAUAUCGGCCCCUCCCCCCCGGGGCGGGGCCUGAGGGGGCGGAGCCUGAGGGGGAGGGGCCAAAAGAGGGGUGGGGCUGUUUGGGGAGUGGGGGAGGGGAGCUUACUCGGAGGUUACUCGUGCUUUACUCCAGGGCUACUCGGGGUUGCGGCGGCUCCUGGGAGGUUCCCCCGCAAGGCUGGGCCUGGGUUACUCCAGGGUUACUCAGACUUUACUCCCAGGUUUGACUCACUUCACUCCAGGGUUACUCAGACUUUACUCCCAGGCACUUCAGGCCCAGCUCUGGGCCACCCCUGCCCUACUCCAGCCUUACUCCAGGGUUACUCCUCUCGCUCUCUGACGUCGUUCUCUGCUCCUGCUGUCGGUUACUCCUGAGUUACUCCAGAGUCACUCCAGGUUCUUACUCUGCUCUUACUUCAACAAUGCCCCAGACUCGAUUCCUACUCAGACUUUACUCCAGAGUUUCUCAUGGCCAGGGUGGGGCCUUUACCUUUACUCAGCUCUUCCUCCAAGCUGCUCCUGGAGAUCCUUACUCUGAGUUUACUCUGAGUUUAUUCAGCCUUUGGACUUGCAGGCAGAACUUACUCCAGACUUACUCAGCUCCUCACUCCGGCCAUGCUCAGCUCCCCUUUUUUGGGUUGUUUUGGGUCCUUUUGCGCUACUCACACCUUACUCCCACCUCACUCCGGGUGCUUGGAUCCUCUUUGCCUUUGCCUUGCGCUUACUCCGCCCUUACUCAGCGCUUCCGCGCUCGCUCAGCCCCUGCUCGGAGCUUACUCAGAGCUUACUCAGCCUUUGAAUGGACAUCGGUCAGCCUUCACUCAGAGGUUGCUCAGCCUUUACUCAGAGGUUGCUCGGCCUUUACUCAGAGGUUGCUCAGCCCUCUUAACAGACGUGACUCAGCCUUCACUCAGAGGUUGCUCAGAAGUUGCCCUGUCUUUACUCGGAAGUUACUCAGCCCUUGGACAGACGUUACUCACCAUUUACUCCGGAAUUACUCACACCCCACCCACGGGGGACACCUCUCCUCUUACCGGCUACUCCGGGGUUACUCUGACUUUACCCCGAGGUUACUCUGGGUCACUCCUACACUACUCCAGGGUUACUCCGAGGGGGUGUUUUACUCCGGGGUUACUCUCACUUUACCCCAAGGUUACUCUGGGGUUACUCCCACCUUACUCUGGUUUUACUCCGAGGUUCCUCCCCCAGCCUCACUCAGGACCGCCCCCUCCCCUCCCCCAUGGGGGCGGGGCUUUGCUCUGCAGGGGGCGUGGUCUCUGUGGCCCCGCCCUUACCCUGGGAAGGUGGGGGAGGGGCGGGGCCAGCCCCGGACCGCGAUGGGGGAGGGGAGGGGGGGGAGGGGCACGGAGCCUGCUGGGGGGAGGGGCGGGGUAAGCCCCACCUCCCUCUUUAUGACGUCACGGGGAGGGGGGAAAGGGGCGGGGCCGCGGCGUUUCGUCUGUAACGGGACCGAACCAUUAAAACCUCCCCGGGAGCGGUGUCA